AUGAAGAUAAUUGCAGGCAUCUUUUUACUGCCAUUUAUCAUAUCAGGCUUUGCUCCUCGGGCUAGAUAUGGUGUGAACCACGUGUCUGAAAAGGUGCUGCAGUCCCAGUCCAGGUUUAAUUGGUCUCUUCUGGCCCCUGCUGAGCUGAAGGACCGCUAUAUGGGACUUCAGACCAAAAGCAUGGGCAGAGGCAAUCCACACUUCACGCUGGAGGGUCAUAAGUUCCUGAUCUUUGGGGGCUCCAUACACUACUUCCGUGUGCCCAAGGCGUACUGGAGGGACCGAUUGCUGAAGUUGAAGGCCUGCGGCUUCAACACCCUCACCACCUAUGUUCCAUGGAACCUCCAUGAGCCAGAAAGAGGCAAAUUUUACUUUUCUGGGAACCUGGAUCUAGAGGCCUUUAUCAGGAUGGCUGCAGAGCUUGGGCUCUGGGUGAUUCUGCGUCCAGGCCCCUAUAUCUGCAGUGAGAUUGAUCUUGGUGGCUUGCCCAGCUGGUUGCUACAAGAUCCUGACCUGAAAUUGAGGACAACCAACAAAGACUUUGUUGAUGCAGUGGAUCAUUACUUUGAUCAUCUUAUUCCCAGGGUGAUCCCCCUCCAGUACCACUGGGGAGGUCCUAUCAUUGCUGUGCAGGUGGAGAAUGAAUAUGGUUCAUAUAAUAAGGACAAAGACUACAUGCCAUAUGUUCAACAGGCCCUGCUGCAAAGAGGGAUUGUCGAACUGCUCUUGACCUCAGAUAAUGAGAAAGACGUGCUUAAAGGCUACAUCAAAGGAGUAUUGGCCACCAUCAAUAUGAAGACAUUUAGCAGUGAUGCUUUUAGUCUACUUAAUAAAGUGCAGAGUAAAAAGCCCAUUAUGAUUAUGGAAUUCUGGGUUGGAUGGUUCGACACAUGGGGAAAUCAACACUUGGUUAGAGAUGCGAUGGAGGUUGAACAUACUGUGCUUGAAUUUAUCAAAGCUGAGAUCUCCUUCAAUGCAUACAUGUUCCAUGGUGGAACCAACUUUGGUUUCAUGAAUGGGGCCACAUAUAUGGGGAAGCACAGAGGUGUUGUCACAAGUUAUGACUAUGAUGCUAUUUUGACAGAAGCAGGAGAUUACACAGAAAAAUAUUUAAAGCUUCGAAAACUCUUUGGAUCCAUCUUAGCAACCCCCCUGCCUCCCUUACCUGACCUUGUUCCCAAGGCUGUGUAUCCUCCUGUGAGACCUUCACUCUAUUUGCCACUGUGGGAUGUCCUGGAGUAUUUGAAUGAGCCGGUGAAAUCUAAUAUACCAAUCAACAUGGAGAAUCUUCCCAUAAAUGAUGGAAAUGGCCAGUCCUAUGGAUUUGUACUCUAUGAGACUUCCAUAUGCUCUGGAGGUCGUCUGUAUAUUCAUGCUCAAGAUAUGGCACAGGUAUUCUUGAAUGAGACAGUCAUAGGAAUCCUGAAUGAUGGUAUUCAGAACUUGGACAUUCCCAAAUUCAGGGGAUGCCAACUCCUGAGGAUCCUGGUGGAGAAUCAAGGAAGAGUCAAUUAUUCAUGGAAAAUUCAAGAGCAACGGAAAGGAUUAACUGGACUUAUUGGCAUCAAUAGCAUUCCCCUGAAAGAUUUCACUAUCUAUUCUCUGGAAAUGAAAAUGAACUUCUUUGAAAGGCUCCGGUCUGCCACCUGGAGGCCUGCCCCAGAGAGCUAUUUGGGCCCUGCUUUCUACCUUGGUACCCUGAAAGCUGGCCCUUCUCCCAAGGACACCUUUCUGAGAGUGCUGGGAUGGAAGUAUGGAUUUGUGUUCAUCAAUGGGUGUAACCUUGGGCGAUAUUGGCAUAUUGGACCUCAGGAAACACUUUACCUUCCUGGGUCCUGGCUUCAUCCAGAAGACAAUGAGAUGAUCCUAUUUGAGAAAAUGAUGAGUGGCUCGGAUAUCCAAUCCAUGGAUAAGCCCAAGCUAUAA